UGACAUGUAGGGCAAUUAAAUAUUAUUCGCAGAAAAUACAGGAACGCUGACAUUGCUUUAUUUUUAAACGUUCGGAAGGGAAUCGAUAGAACCACUGACGUUCAUACAACAAAAACGUGACCGGCAAAGACAGGAAUGCAGCGAGCGUCGGUAUUUUAUUUACGUAAAAAGCACAGCUAUAUCCGUUCUUGUUCUAUUUUAGCACUAUAUCGUUUAUUAUGAGGGCCGACGGCUCGGCACUAGGGCGGCCCCGCGCGGGAGUUGCAGGCCUCUCUACCGCCUGAUAUUAUAUUCUGGAGCACGCCCGCCUUACCUCCGCGCCAGAUAUUUCGAGUGCUACUUCUAACACCUAUGAAUUUAUCUAGUCUCCGUCACACUAGUCGCUCGGUGCAGCCGCUUGCAUCGUUAAUAAAUGGCCAUCGCAUCAGUGAUAAGAUAAUACACAACUCGGCGGUGGCCUUGCUCUGGAAAUUUAUUACUUCAUCUACAAUUUCGGUGAAUUCAUAGUCUAUGGAUAAAAUCGAAUAUCAAUGAUUUGUUGAGUACCGAGAUAAACAUUGAAGAUGAAGGUGGAGGAUGCAACCACUGAAGGCAUUCGUGGGUGGGAAUGUACUCCAACCGAAGGUCAACCUGAUGUUGCAGUUUCUUCAGAAAAACCCACAAAACCAAAGUGCAUACCAGUUGUUCUAAGAGAAGGAUGGAGACGCACAUCAUUAUAUGCAAUCAUAAUUUUUCUGAUGGUUUUAAUCUUUUUAAAUAUUGCAUUGACACUGUGGGUUAUAAGUACGUUAAGACUGACCAAGAACGGUAUUGGUCCAAUUACAAUAACAAAGGACGGUAUUAAAUUAGACGGAAAAGUAUGGAUGAUAGACGAGCUAAUUGCCUCAGCAAUAACGACGCAAACCGCCCAGCACAUAACUCUACAUUCACAUCGAAAUUUUACUGUUCUCGUAUCUGAGCCCGAUCGCAAAGAACAAGCUAAGUUCGUUAUAAAGAGGGAUGCAGUCGAGUGUACGGGUCGUGUGUUCGAAGUGCACGAUGCUCUUGGAGGUAAUAUAUUCCAUGCUUCUAAAGAAGAAGUACGAGUGUUCGCAGAAACAUUGGCUGUGGAUGGGCCUGGGGGAGUCAGUGUAAAGAGUGCGUUACAAACCCCGGUGUUACGUGCGCCACCGGGAUUUGAUUUACACUUAGAAUCGCUGACACGGCGAUUAGAUCUGCGGGCGCCACAGUCCAUUUAUCUGGAGAGCAGAGCCGGAGGCAUCGAAAUAACAUCGCAUAGCAACAUCAAACUGGAAUCCGCUGUGGGUGCUAUUAAAAUGGACGCUCCAAAUAUAAUAAUUAACAAUCUAAAAGAAGCGACAUAUGCUGAAAACCCGCAGAAAAACGCUAGAAGCAAAAAGGUUUACCAGUUAUGUGCCUGUGCAUCUGGAAAGCUAUUUCUGGCACCCCCUGACGCUCUGUGCUCUCAGCGUGAAACCGACACAGAGCUGUGUCGAUGAUAAAACUUUACCUAUAGUUAAUUAGCGAUUGUGAUAGGAUCAAGGUUAUUGAUAAUAUGUAUUUGAAACAUGCACAUCAGUUUUUACUAGUCAUUCGAGAAUAUUGUAAAUUUAUUGUACAUAUUCAUAAUCAACUAACAAAACUAGUCAAUUUAGUGUUUAAGUAGAAUAUAGGUUUAUUGAAUGCGUUGUAUAUUGAGGACACACGCAUGUAGUCUAGAAAGUCUCAUCGAAUGAGCGAGAUGAAGUCCAUUGUAGUAUCAAUGAUUUUCUGAAGCGUAAUUGCGAUCAGUGUGUUACGUAGGUAAUCAAUCUUGUUGGAAAAGCAAACGUCGGUGUGCGGCGACCGCGGACACCGCGGGCUUCGCUACCCGAGUAAUUACACCAGCUCUAAUUGAAGCCACAACGACGACGUUUUUUAAAUGUUUUCUAAAGUGAAAAAACAUCACAAUUGUAAUAAAUGUCUGUUUUAGGAAAUAAUUGGUACAAAUGGCAAUAUUAUGUGAUAUGACAUUAUAAAUUUAUAAUACAACGUUUAAAUCUCUAUUCGUUAAAGUGAAGUGAAUGUGCUAGGCAAUUGGAGCGCACUGAUGUUAAUAAUAUUAAUAAAUUAUGUAUUUCAUUUCACAAGUUUCAAAGUGUUUCUUGAUACCUUGUGAUAAUAUCUGUAAUGUGUUAUUUUUAAAUUAUUUAAUUAGUGCAUCUAACUUAUAGAAUAACUGCACACAAACGCACAUCGUAGGUUAUUUAUUUUCAUUGUUGUGCCUUGUGAAGCUCUAAAAUAAUGGAUAUAAAUUUGUUAACAAAAUACAUAAUAAAGUAUAGCUCAUGAAUUAAUUAUUCUAAUGGAGUUGUUACAACGCAUUAACACCGCAUAUUUUUGCUUCAUUAGCUAUCAAAGAAAAAGAGAUUAUACUGUUUGUAGAAACAACGAGGAGGAAUAAAAGAAAACUCUCUGUAAAAA